AUGGAUAUCAACUCAGUUGGCUCUGGUGACUUCUACCCCGGCGGUAUCCCCAAGGGAGCUGACGCUUGGGAGAAGCACAUCCUCGACCAGCAGGCCAUGUUUGGUGGAAGCAACAAUGCCCCUCUCUUCAGACGCCGCAAGACGGUUGUCGGCAUUCCCAACUUCGGCGAGUUCUUGCGUGGCUAUGAAGACCGUGCCAACGAGCAACGUCGCCGUACGAGUUCGAGAAAGGACAGUCGUCAGACAGCAGACGAAGACAAGGAUGAACUCUCUCACAACAAUAUCCAUUUUGGCGCCGACUUUCUGCCUGCCUCCUUCUCGUCAACUGCUUCCUCGAUCGCCACCAAGCUUUCGUCACCUCGCGUGCCCAUGUCUAAGAAGCAAUUCGCGCCAGGUUCCCGACACAGCCGCCACGGUUCAGCCUCGAGACCCAAGCUGCCUGAAUCAUUCAUGAGCGCCCCCGAUGUUCCCCGCCCUGACAGCCCAGAGGCAUUCAAGAGAAAGAUCCAUGAGCACAAAGCCAAGUUCAAUGCCUCUCAGAAGCAACGUACCCAAUCACGUCCACGUCACAAGUCACUGCUCAGCUCCUGUCUCUUCGAGCACCCCCCUGCGCCCGUUCCUGUUCCGUCCACUCAGCCUCCUGCCGACGCGAAUGGACCUCAUCCCGUUACCAUGUACGCUCUCUGGCGCCAGGACUGCGAUCAGCAGCUGAAGGACAAAUCUAUGAUGACUCACGUGCCUGUUCCGCCUGUGCCUACUUGCUCAGAAUGUGCCAAUGCCACAAUUCUCGGCGGUCGACUUGUGCCCAUUGCCUGCGGUCACAGCCUCGACAAGGUGUUCCGUACCGGUAUCACCGAAAGACCCGGCUCGUUUGCCUUCAGCAAAGCCUACUUCGCAAUCCUCAAGGGCGAACGCCAGCGCUGGCACACCGACCGCUUUGGAGCUUGCAACCCCGACGUCAAGUCUCGCGUCAUUUCCGAUGCACAGCAGCUCUUCAUCCUCAUCAAUGACCUCUUUGAGAUUGAGAAGCUGCGCAUGGUGGAAAUGGCUGAGAUGAUCCCCGAGCACGUGCCUGCCCACCAGCCUUACCACACCCCUGACUAUUUCAAGUUCAGACCCGAUGAGCGUCCUGCUUGGUAG